ACGGUCUGGCAGCCCCAGUCCCACACUUUGGAAGCAUGUCAAUCCAGGAGAAUAUUCUACCCCAGCAGCUUUGGUCAUGGAUUUCUCAGUCCCAAAAAGACUUAGCAAAGUCUGUCCUAACUGGGGCUCCAGGAGGGCCUGCAGGGUACCUGCGGCGUGCUAGUGUGGCCCAACUGACCCAGGAGCUGGGCACCGCCUUCUUCCAGCAGCAGCAGCUGUCAGCUGCUAUGGCGGACACCUUCCUGGAACACCUGUGCCUGCUGGACAUCGACUCGGAGCCCGUGGCUGCUCGCAGCACUGGCAUCAUUGCCACCAUUGGGCCGGCAUCUCGCUCGGUGGAGCGCCUCAAAGAGAUGAUCAAGGCCGGGAUGAACAUCGCACGACUCAAUUUCUCCCACGGCUCCCAUGAGUACCAUGCCGAGUCCAUUGUCAAUAUCCGGGAGGCAGCGGAGAGCUUUGCAACUUCCCCUCUCAGUUACCGGCCUGUAGCCAUCGCUCUGGACACCAAGGGACCGGAGAUACGCACUGGGAUCCUGCAGGGGGGCCCAGCGUCGGAAGUGGAGAUAGUAAAGGGCACCCAGGUGCUGGUGACCGUGGACCCGGCGUUCCGGACACGGGGGAACGCGAACACCGUGUGGGUGGACUACCCCAAUAUCAUCCGGGUCGUUGCAGUGGGGGGCCGCAUCUACAUUGACGACGGGCUCAUCUCCCUAGUGGUCCAGAAAAUCGGCUCAGAUGGGUUGGUGACCGAAGUGGAGAAUGGCGGUGUCCUGGGCAGCAGGAAGGGCGUUAACCUACCAGGCGCCGAAGUAGACCUACCUGGGCUGUCCGAGCAAGAUGUCCAGGACUUGCGCUUCGGGGUGGAGCAUGGUGUGGACAUCAUCUUUGCCUCCUUUGUGCGAAAAGCCAGCGAUGUGGCAGCCGUCCGGGCUGCCCUGGGGCCAGAGGGGCAAAGCAUCAAAAUUGUCAGCAAAAUCGAGAACCAUGAAGGCGUAAAGAAGUUUGAUGAAAUUCUAGAGGUGAGCGAUGGCAUCAUGGUGGCACGGGGAGACCUGGGCAUUGAGAUUCCAGCUGAGAAGGUUUUCCUGGCUCAGAAGAUGAUGAUAGGACGCUGCAACUUGGCAGGAAAGCCUGUUGUAUGCGCUACACAGAUGCUGGAGAGCAUGGUCACCAAGGCUCGGCCAACUCGGGCAGAAACGAGUGAUGUAGCUAACGCUGUGCUGGAUGGGGCCGACUGCAUCAUGCUGUCUGGGGAGACGGCCAAAGGCAACUACCCUGUGGAAGCCGUAAAGAUGCAGCAUGCGAUUGCCCGGGAGGCAGAGGCUGCAGUGUACCACCGACAGCUUUUUGAGGAAUUACGCCGGGCGGCGCCACUGAGCCGUGACCCCACUGAGGUCACUGCCAUUGGUGCUGUGGAGGCUUCCUUCAAAUGCUGUGCUGCUGCCAUCAUCGUGCUGACCACAACAGGCCGCUCAGCCCAACUUCUGUCUCGAUACCGACCUCGGGCAGCAGUCAUUGCUGUCACCCGCUCUGCUCAGGCCGCCCGCCAGGUCACCCUCUGCCGAGGAGUCUUCCCUUUGCUCUACCGUGAACCUCCAGAGGCCAUCUGGGCAGAUGAUGUGGAUCAUAGGGUGCAAUUUGGCAUUGAAAGUGGAAAGCUCCGUGGCUUCCUCCGUGUUGGAGAUCUGGUGAUUGUGGUGACAGGCUGGCGACCUGGCUCCGGCUAUACUAACAUCAUGCGGGUGCUGAGUGUAUCCUGAAAUGUCCUCCUCUUCUGACCUAGCCCACCUCUGCAUCCCUGUCACUUCCUCCCACUCCCCUGCUUCCAAUCCGUGCCCUUCCCACAGCCCCACCCCUAAUCUCUCUACUCCCACCCUCCCUAUUUUAGACCACAUCUGCCAUUUAUCCCUAUUCCAGGAUGUCCCUCCCCCUCUCCCUUUCACAGGCCCCAAAAGUCUCUGUCCAAUUACACAGCACCAAUUGUACAUCCCCUGCAUCCAAUCCAAUCAUCUGGGCCUAAGAUGCCUUGAGCCUUUAAUCCCUGCUUGGCUGAUUAAUUCUAUUCCUCCAGGCUUUCCAUCCCUGGGGCUGGGGACAGGAGACAAGGCCAUCUUGUCCAGUAUCUCCACAGAAUCAUUU